GAACUCUUCUAACGCGAAGAUAGAUAAGGUCUGAGAAACGAAAAAUGGAAACAGAAGUGAUCAAAACAGAGGAGAAAUCCAAUUCUGAGGAAGUUAAACAAGACUCAAUACAACAAUCAGAUCCAGGGGGAGACGGAAAUAAGGAAAAAAAUUCAAAUAUUGAGGAAAACCACAGUAGUACAAACUCAGAUUCCACAAAACUCGGUGAUCAGGAUCCCGUAGAAACUGUAGACUUUAAAAUUGUGUACAAUAAACAAAAGUAUGAUGUAACAUUUCCAACCAAUGACACUAUUGCUAAGUUAAAGGCUCAUAUACAAACACUGACAGGAGUUCCAUCAGCAAUGCAGAAAAUUAUGUAUAAAGGUCUUGCAAAAGAUGAAUCCACACUGAAAGAAUUAAAAGUAACUAAAGGUGCCAAGAUAAUGGUUGUAGGAUCUACGUUAAAUGAUGUCUUGUCUGUCAGUAAACCCUCCCCCAAAGAACUCCAAGAGACCAGUAAAUCUGCAGCUGUCACAAAGGAGCCUCUGUCCCAACAGAAGGAACAUAAAAGAGUGCUAGAUAAGUACGGUAAACCAGAUGAUGUUCCUGUUGGUAUCCGGAAUUUAAAGGAACCAUUACCCCACACACCUAUUUCAGGAAUGUACAACAAGUCAGGUGGCAAGGUGCGGCUGACCUUCAAACUAGAGGUAGACCAGUUAUGGCUUGGAACAAAAGAAAGAACUGAAAAAAUACCAAUGAAUUCCAUUAAAGCUGUAGUCAGUGAACCUAUAAAAGAUCAUGAGGAAUAUCAUAUGCUGGGUAUACAGCUAGGACCCACGGAGGCCUCACGUUACUGGAUAUACUGGGUACCGGCGCAGUAUGUGGAUGCAAUCAAAGACACAAUCCUUGGAAAGUGGCAAUAUUUCUGACCCUCGUUCAGUCACUUGGCAUUGGGUCUUGUGCUUUCCUUCCAAACAGCUCAAAUGUGCAUGAUUAUUAAAAUGAAAUAUAGAAUCUAUUUACCAGGUUUUUUUGUGAAUCUGCAAAUGCAAUGAAAUUGCAUAAAAUGUUUUAAUUGCUUGAAGAUUUCUGGAUUCCUGGCUUUCUUUUUCACACAGACUUGACCAGAUAACAGUCUCAUUUGUUGUGAUAUUAUAGGGUUAUGUUUAUUGGCAUUAGAUGUUAGUGAUUAUUUGUAUGUGGUGGAAGAAUACCUGUUUUACUUCAUCAUGUUAAUUUCACACCUUUGAAAAAAAAAAAUUCAUUCCAAAUGCUUUUUUUUGUAUUUUACAUAAUUCUUAUCUUACAGUGAAAGCUCUUGCCAGAGAACGCUACUACUAUUAAUUAGAACAUUUGUGAUACCAAUGUUUUAAUUUACCAAAGGAAGAUAAGAAAAGUUGAUCUUUAUUUGUACCUUCUGCCUAAUUUAAGUGUACAAGAAUGAUAAUGUAAUUUCAAGAAAAUUCCUGCAUUAAAAUAAGCAAGCCUU